AACCUCGAAACUAAAAUAGCGUCCUGUCGGUCGGUGCCGUUGGUGGAACUAAUGUAUUUUUGAUAGUAUCCGAAAAAGAGGAGCUUAUUUUCAUAAUUUCAUUAGAUACCUACCUGGAUACAAACAAGUUUGCGUUGAUUAUUAACUUUUGCAAUUUGGAAAUUAAUAUAAUUUGAGAACGGACACAAGCUCAUCUUCACAGUAAAUCUUGUAAUUAUAGCAAAAUGACUUUGGAUAUUCGUCCUAACCACACUAUAUAUAUAAACAAUCUCAAUGAGAAAAUCAAAAAAGAAGAGCUGAAGAAAUCUCUCUAUGCGAUUUUCUCACAGUUUGGGCAAAUAUUGGACAUUGUUGCCCUAAAAACAUUAAAAAUGCGAGGACAAGCAUUUGUUAUUUUUAAGGAAAUCUCUAGUGCUACGGUUGCUCUGAGAAGUAUGCAAGGAUUCCCCUUCUACGACAAACCAAUGAGGAUUCAAUACUCAAAAAGUGAUAGUGAUGUUAUUGCUAAAAUCAAGGGCACCUUCCAAGAGAGGCCAAAGCGUCCUAAAAUGCCAAAGAACUUGGAUGAUAGCAGGAAGAAGAAGAAGCAGGAUGCCAGCCGUCACGUUCCUGGAGUUGGAGCUCCAAGUUUACUCAACAAUGUCAAUGUGGAGCAACCACCAAACCAGAUCCUCUUCCUAACAAAUCUACCUGAUGAGACCUCUGAAAUGAUGUUGUCUAUGCUUUUCAACCAAUUCCCUGGCUUCAAGGAGGUUCGCCUAGUGCCAAACAGGCAUGACAUUGCUUUCGUCGAAUUUGCAAAUGAAAUGCAAUCAGCAGCAGCAAAAGAAGCCCUUCAAGGAUUCAAGAUCACACCAACACAUGCUAUGAAGAUCACAUUUGCUAAGAAAUAAGAAAUAGUGUGAAUGUAAUAUACAUUUUAAGUGAAUAAAUACAUUUUAUGUACUUGA